AUGGAUCAGCCACUCCUUGGGGACAGCUCCGCAGGCAGCAACAGCCCCUCGGCUACCUCCGAGGGCUCCGGUAUGUCGUUCACCUUCGUCGGUGAUCCACAGAUUCCCAAGCUCCUGGAGAAGAUUGAGGGAUAUGUGAAAGAUGGGUUCCAGGACACGCGAGUCCUUGAAGACCAGCCGGACUUCAUUCGCAAUGUGCUUAAGAUGGUUUUUCAGCUCAUCCUAACACACAGCUGUUUGGUCUUAGGGCCUGCAGGCACAGGCAAGACCACUCUUGUGAAGGCGUUGGGUGGCGGAGAUUUUCAGGCUGCAGUGCAGCCUGGCCCUCACCUGAGGAACAGGACCUUAGAGGCCCAAGCCUGCAAGAUCGAUGUCCAGGAGCUCUCAGACGAGCUCAGGUUGGACCUCAUUGACACCCCUGGCUGGUGCCCCGACCUGAAUACAGACAUCCAUGCGGAGUACAAGAAGGUUUUGAGAGAGAAAGGGUUGCCAAAAGAGCAUGCUCCUCACAUCAUUCUCUUCUGUGUUUCGGUGUCUAUGCUUCGCCAGUUCCAGGAGGGCAAGGCCAAGCAAAUGAGCAAGCAAUUGCAGAAGCUGAAGUUUGACCAGCGCUUUCCGAUCAGAGUUCUACCAGUUGCAACGAAGGCAGACACUGAAAGCCUCGGUGCCCUGGAAGAACUUACGGCCGUGAUCAAGGAACUUGCAGAGAUGGCCUUCAAGGACACUGGGGCAAUCAUCGACGAGCCGGAGUGGACAAUGUUCGACCCCAAUCGACAAGAGCGAGUCAGAGGACCAAGGGAAGUGAGUCAGUGGAUCAAGACGACUUUGCUUGGGCAGCUGCGCUCUGACGAGUUUACAGGGCUUUGGCGUUUGGCCCUGGCAAAGAGUGUCAAGGAGCACACCAGAGAACACUGUGAACGACAACCAGCAAAUGAUUCGGCACUCCGCUUGUUCCACAGAGCGUGCUCUACAGUGGCGGCUGCUUGCGACAGAGGUGCAGACCUAGAGGCCUGCAAAGAAGUCAUGGUCUUGCCAGAAGAGUUGCCCUGGUGGGUCAUUCAAAACAUCCCGACCUCUCAAGAAGAGCAGUGGCAGCUUCCUACACAUGCUGCAUGCUGGCUCAGCUUUCGCCAGUGGAUGCGUUCUUGGACUUGUGUGGCUCUCUUAACGGGCGUUCUCGUACUUCUCAUUGCGUCCCUCAUGUGGUUUACGGUGCGCUUGGAUGCAGUGACCACCGCAAACUUGCAUGCAAAGGAGCACUUGAACCAGACGUUUGCUAAAUACAACCGGCAGAAGGACCAGUUGGACCAGAUGACCGCCAACUAUGCCCAGGAGAAGGACCUGAUGAAGCAGAUGACCGGUAAAUACGCCCAGGAAAAGGAUCAGUUGGACCAGAUGGCCGGCAAAUACGCCCAGGAGAAGGACCAGUUGAAGCAGAUGACCGCCAAAUAUGCUCAGCAGAAGAACCAGUUGAGCCAGAUGACCGGCAAAUACACCCAGGAGAAGGCCAAAUACGACCAGAAGAAAGUCGUGUUGGAGCAGCUGAAGGAGCAGUUGAAUCUCUGCAAAGGUUGGCCUGCCCAAGGAGCUCAGUGCAUGGGUCUACUUGCCAUAGAUGCCUCGAGCGCUGAUGCUUGCCAACAGGUUUGCUGCAGGAUGGGCAAAGAGUACUGCAACACGUGGCAGUAUCGAGAAAGUCACGGCUGCUGGUUGGGAAAAUCCUCGUCUUCAUCUUGCGAUGGUGACGAUGGCUGGGUUGGGGGCCAGGCUGACUGA